AUGAUCAACCCGGACGCCAAGCCGGGUAAGGCGGCCCGGCGUCGGGCCACUAGUAUGGAGACCCAGAAGUACGAGAAAAAGCGCGGCCGCGUCAAGAAGAAGAUCGAGGCCCUGAAGAACGGCCUAUCGCUCGAACACCAGACGCCCAGCCCUUCCUCGUCGGUGUCCGAGGGGUUGGAUAUGUUUCCCGACUCACCCCUCCAUCACGGCUUUCAGCUGAGCCCGGAGUUCCGCCCGCGCGCCUCAUCCAACGCCUCCUCUUGCGGUCGACUAUCGCCCAUACCUGCCGUCGAGAACGACAUGCAUGACAGUCAAGUGCCGCCACUCUCGCCGCUGACCGGCUGGAGUCACGGCGACAUCGGGCGCCUAUACGGCAACGCCGACGUGGACCAGUUCACCAGCACCGUCAACGACCAGCUCGUCGAGAUGGCCACCACAAUGAAGUUGGGCGGCAACAACGCCUUCCUCGGCGUCAACAAGACAUCGCCCACCGGCCAGUUGUCUCCCGCCAACUCUCACCUGCAGCUCAACAACACCUACACGUUAGGCAACUAUCGUUCGCUCACCGGCUAUAACAGCCCCGUUGGCAACGGUGGCGGUAGCGGUGGCAACAGCUCGUCCCCCGUCAACAACAACGGCCAGCUUAACGGCCCGACGACUAACGGCCAACAGUCCGGUGACCAGUACUAUCACACGCAGGCCCCGGGCGAGUCCGGCUCAGCCACCACUCUGACCGCACUCAACAACGUUAGCGGCGGUGCCGUCAGCGCCCGCUCGCCGUCGCAGCUCCUGUUGGCCGCCGAUGUGCUCAACGGUGUCUCCAACGGCACCUACAGUUUGGCCAAUUUGUCGCCGGUGUUGACCGCCGCCCAAACGAUGGACACGAUGGCCGCCCUCACGGCCAGUACGGCGCCGUCAUACUCGUCGCCGCAACACCAGUGCACUGUCCAGUCGACUACUGCCCAAAACAGAGCUACAGUGAUGGGACACCUCCUGUCGCUGAACAAUCAGUUGCCAAACGAUUUGGACCUCAAUUUUGAUUCACUUCACGGCGGCCUCGAGUGCGACGUCGACUCAGUCAUACGCCACGAGCUGUCGGUCGACGGCUCGUUGGACUUCAACUUCGCCACCGGCCAGAGCGGCGCCGCCGCCCACACCGGCGGACAGUCGUCCAACAUAAUGGACGCCCAGGGCCUACACCAUCACCACUCGCACCACUUGUCGCAACUCCACGGCGGAGGUGUGGUUACUGUUGUCGGCCCGGCGCAGACAUCGGUGUCGGUGGCCGCGCACAACACGACGAUGACCACAGCGCCGUCCAGUCGCUCAUGGGUUCAUUGA